UACCAUCACGCAUUCGCUCAGCCUCGUCGCCUUCUCCCCUCUCCUCUCUACUGGUGCCGAGACGCCAGCCCCAAAACCCCAGCAAAAAUGGAGGGAAAAGUGCUCGCCCUCCCGCACUACCGAGCGCGGGUUGGCUCGCCUAUCCUUCUCUCAGCGGAUGCCGGCUCCGCCGCGCGCAGGGGCUCCGGUGCGUCCGGGAGGAGUAGGGUCUCGAGGUAUGAUGCGGAAGCUCCUCCAGGCAGAGCGGGGAGGGGUAGGGUUUGGAAGCCUGAUAAUCCAGAUUCUUCACCUCGCCGAGCAGGGAUUAGUGGGGUUCCAAAGCUUAAUCCGAACGUUUCUACUAAAAGAGCAGGGAUGAGUAAGGUUCCGAUUAUUAAUUUUGAGGUUUCUCAUCACAGAGCAGUUGCAGCGGUGAGGUUGCUAAGAGCUGAGAAAGGCAAAGCAUUUGUCGACCUUUUGAAUGAGAAAGGAAAUGAUUCUGGAGAGAAUGAGAUGGGUUAUGUAGAAAGGACACUAGGGUUCAGUACACGGCAUUUGGAUGACAGGGAUAUAAGAUUGGUUACUGUCAUAGUAGCUGGAACUGUACGUUGGAAACGCUACCUUGAUUAUCUUAUCAUGUCACUCUGUAGUGAGGAGAAGGUGUUCAGUGAUAUGGAACCGCUGCUGCUGCAGAUAUUGCGAAUUGGCUUCUUCGAAAUUCUCAAACUUAAUGUACCAGCUUAUGCCGUCGUUGAUGAGAAUGUAAGGCUUGCGAAAGUAGCUUUAAGGCCUGGUGCUGGGAAUAUGGUGAAUGCUAUUCUGCGUAAGCUUCUAUUACUGAAGGAGACAGACUCUCUUCCUCUUCCAAAGAUAGAAGGCGAUGACCGUGCCCAAGCUCGUGCCCUUUCCAUAAUUUAUUCUCAUCCUGUUUGGAUGGUGAGAAGAUGGAUUCGUGUUCUUGGGAAAGAUGAAGCUCUAAAAUUGAUGAAUUGGAAUAACAGCGAUCCUUACUUCAGCCUAAGGGUGAACACAGCGAGUGGCUAUAUAAGGGCGGAUCUUGUUGAACGAUUGGAAGAUUUGCAGGUUCAUUACGAGAUAUCAAUUAUGGAUGAGUUUGUCCGUAUUCGGGAGGGCAUGCAGGCAGUCUUACAAGCCGGAUUACUGAAAGAUGGCAUGUGUGCUGUGCAGGAUGAGAGUGCAGGUCUUGUUGUGUCUGUGGUCGAUCCACAACCUGGGGAAACAAUCAUUGAUUGUUGUGCUGCACCUGGUGGAAAGACAUUAUUCAUGGCAUCUCGGUUGUCAGGGCAAGGGAAGAUAUGGGCUCUUGACAUAAACAAAGGCCGCUUGAGAAUUCUCAUGGAGGCAGCAAAGUCACACAAUCUUGAUCAUAUGAUCACUGAUAUCCAUGGUGAUCUUCGAUUACAUGCUAAGGAAAGCACUGUCAAAUAUGACAAGGUAUUGUUGGAUGCUCCUUGUUCUGGGCUGGGAGUCCUUUCCAAGAGGGCAGACUUGCGCUGGAAUCGGCAAUUUGAAGAUUUGGAGGAGUUGAUGUGUUUGCAAGAUGAGCUCCUUGAUUCAGCAUCAUCGUUGGUAAAACCUGGUGGUGUACUAAUCUACAGUACAUGUUCCAUUGAUCCUGAAGAAAAUGAGAACCGAGUUACUUCUUUUGUUCAGAGGCAUCCGGAGUUUAUCCCACAGGGUGUACAUGGAUAUGUUCCUGCACAAUUCGUGACAGAUGAAGGUUUCUAUUCCUCAAAUCCAACUAAGCACUCUCUGGAUGGGGCAUUUGCUGCUCGUCUUGUUCGGUCAAUGCACUAGGAGUCCUACAACUAGAUUUGGAGGGCAGGAAAGCUACCUGGACAAUUGGUUGGUGAUUUUUUGAGAAUGGUAACCACUCCUUUGCAAAUAAGGUGGCCUCCCAAAGAGCAUAGAAAGUGAGUACCGAGCCUCCAUCGUCAGAAAGGUACACACUUAGUUUUUCGGUUGGGUAAUUGUAUGCCAUGACCGAUAGGACGGUGGAGAUGACAAGACUUGGGGGCUCUGAGUGUGGGUCUGCAGUGCAUACGAAGAUAUCCACGCAAGAUAAAGGAGGCGGUGUCCCCAGACUCUGCAUCGACUGAUGCAUGCUACCAUAUUAAAAAAUAGAAACCCUUGUGCUGCACGCAAAGUUCAAAAGCAUAAAACUGUUGUUUAACUUGUUAACAGAAAGAUAGUGCUGUUCUUUGGCCUGUGCCACUUUAGCCAACAAAAUGCUGGAUCUUUUGGGUAAUGUAGAUUAUCAGUGAGCAUAGAACCCUUUUGUGCAUGCAAUUUCAAGAGCAUAACAUACUUUUGUUUUGUUAAAUGAAGAAUCGUCAUGUUCUCUGUAUUGUGCCAUAUCAGAGGUGGCCAUAGAAAAUGCUGGAUCUAUUGUAAUGUAGAUUCUUAGUGCAGUUAAGUAUUAUGUGGUGUGAA